GAGAAAGCGUCUUAAACUCUCCCGUAACCCUUCGUGCUGCGCCUGGGGAGGGGAGAAAAUGGUCAAAACCCGGUGCCGGUUCGUAUUUAUCCUACCGAAAAGCUGUGGCUUUGCGUCUGUGUGGCCGUGCCGCAAAGGGCUUUGAAGCUGUGCUGCCUUACAACGAAGACUUCAGGAGUAAUUAAAUUCUCCCGGCACCGCCAGGGCUGCUUUGGCUGAGAUGGGGCUGUUCCGUGCCCUGGAUGCUGCGUGGAGGAGGAGAGGAUGUUCAGAAAUGACUCCGUCAAAGCAGCGAAGACUUCUGUAAGACAUGGAUAGAUGCAAACAUGUUGGGCGGCUACGACUCGCCCAGGACCACUCUAUCCUGAACCCCCAGAAGUGGCACUGCGUGGACUGCCAGACAACCGAAUCCAUCUGGGCCUGUCUGAAGUGCUCCCACGUGGCCUGUGGGAGGUACAUCGAGGAGCAUGCACUGAAACACUUUGAGGAAACCAGGCACCCCUUGGCCAUGGAAGUCAACGACCUCUACGUCUUCUGUUACCUGUGUGAGGAUUACGUCUUGAACGACAACCCGGAGGGGGAUCUGAAGCUGCUGAGGAGUUCUCUGCUGGCCAUUAAAAGUCAAAAGCGUGACCCGGCCGCGAGAAGCGGCAGGACCUUGCGCUCCAUGGCUUUGGGAGAGGACCUCUGCAGCCAUCCAAGGAGCCCUCAGGGACAGUCUCAGAUGCUCACAGCUCUCUGGCACCGGCGCCAGUCCUUGCUGGGGAAGGCGCUGCGGACCUGGUUCGAUAAGAGCUCCAGGGGCCAGCUCAAGUUAAAACAGAAGAGGCAAAUGGAGGAGUUGGAGAAAAAGAAAGAGGCAGCCAGGCAGCGGCGGCAGGAGAUGAAGAGACAGCUCCUGGAGGAGCUGGCAAACACUCCUCCCAGGAAGAGUGCCAGGCUGUUGUCUCACAUGCACAGAGAGAACUUGAUUCCAAGGAAAUUCAGGGAGGUGGCCACCGCCUCCCCUACCUCAAGGCAGAUGCAGAGCAGCAGGUUCAGGCAGUUCUAUUCCAUCCGGCGUAAGCCUCUGAUGACUCCUGGGGUGACAGGGCUCAGGAACCUGGGGAACACCUGCUACAUGAAUUCCAUUCUGCAAGUGCUCAGUCACCUCCAGAAGUUUAGAGAAUGUUUUUUGACUCUUGAUCUCUGUGAAACAGAAGAACUCUUAGCCAAAACUGUGAAUGGGAGGUCCAGGAUGCCCAGCAAAUUGGCCAAUGGGGCUGCUGCUAAUGAGUCAGGGAAGGCUGACAGAGUGGGCUCCCAUGGCACGCAGGGCUUGCCAGCUGGCUUGAACGGUGGCUCCUCCAUAAGCAGGAGCUUAGAACUGAUCCAGCCCAAGGAACCGAGUUCAAAGCACAUCUCCCUCUGUCACGAAUUGCACACCCUCUUCAGAGUCAUGUGGUCUGGCAAGUGGGCCCUGGUGUCCCCUUUUGCCAUGCUGCACUCUGUGUGGAGCCUGAUCCCAGCGUUCCGAGGUUACGACCAGCAGGACGCUCAGGAAUUUCUCUGCGAGCUGUUGGAUAAAGUCCAGCAGGAGCUGGAGUCGGAAGGGACGAAGCGCAGGAUCCUGAUCCCUUUCUCCCAGAGGAAGCUCACCAAGCAGGUCCUGAAGGUGGUGAACACCAUUUUCCACGGGCAGUUGCUUAGUCAGGUCACCUGCAUAACAUGCAACUACAAAUCCAACACCGUUGAGCCCUUCUGGGAUCUUUCCCUGGAAUUCCCCGAGCGCUAUCACUCCAUGGAGAAAGGGAUCAUCCCAGUUAACCAGACAGAGUGCAUGCUGACAGAAAUGUUGGCCAAGUUCACCGAAACUGAAGCUCUGGAGGGGAGGAUCUAUGCCUGUGACCAGUGCAACAGCAAACGGCGAAAGUCUUCUCCUAAACCUCUUGCUCUGAGUGAAGCUAAGAAGCAGUUAAUGAUCUACAGACUACCUCAGGUCCUCCGGCUGCACCUUAAACGAUUCAGGUGGUCUGAACGUAAUCACCGUGAGAAGAUUGGGGUCCAUGUCCUCUUUGACCAGGUAUUAAACAUGGAACCUUACUGCUGCAGGGACUCUCUCUCCUCUCUUGACAAAGAGACCUUUGUCUAUGACCUCUCCGCUGUGGUGAUGCAUCACGGGAAAGGGUUUGGCUCAGGACACUACACAGCAUAUUGCUACAACACAGAGGGAGGUUUUUGGGUCCACUGCAACGACUCCAAACUGAAUGUAUGUAGCGUGGAGGAGGUGUGCAAAACCCAGGCCUACAUUCUUUUUUACACUCAAAGAACAGUGCAGGACAAAGCAAGGAUCUCAGAAAAACAACUCCAAGCUCAGGUGCCGUCCAAACCCAGUGACAAGGACAGAAGACUGACGUUGCCAUGAUGGGGGAGCUCUGUGACUCACUCAGCAGUCUCAGUUUUUAAACCCAUUGGCAUUCCUCUUUUUCCUCUUUGUUGGGGGGGGGGAGGGGGAACCCAGCCACAAAACAAACAAACCCAACAAAAACAAAGGUUGGCUGCAGGAGGGGGCUCAGAGCAUCGUGGUUGCUACCCGGAGCGGGUGGAAAAGCAUCUGGAGCUGUGCAGUUGUGCCACGUAAGACUGGAGGCAGAGUGAUGUUCUGAAAGCAUCUGGGUGUGGAGUUCUGCUGAGGAAAUGCAAGGAGAAAAGUUUGAUGCUUUGUAUCUCUCAUCUCAUAGCAAACAAAAAAAAAGAGUUGUGUAAGAAAUGAGCACAACCAGGAAAGAGAAGCUGCAAAACCCUUCUGUACCUAAUGAUGCUGAUUUCAGACCCCAGAAGGAACAGGUACGGUACCCUCCCCUCUGAUUGCCACUCAGGUUUCCAGGCUUUGAGGCACACCCAGGUGUUCAUUUGAAGGGUGCUUGGGUAGGAGCUGACUGCUCUGAGAGCUGGUGAAAACGGUUCACAUUCUUCCACCAGACAAAAAUACUCCCUCAGGCCUCAGCCAUCUCCAUGACACCAAUUUCUUUGCCAUCAGUCGAGGGCCGACCCGCAGCUGGCAAGCUUUGUCAGCAGCUCUUUCUCUCAGUGUUACUGGGGCUCUGUGUGUGUGUGUGUGUGUGCUCGAUGGUUUAUUCUCUGGGCUGAACUGAAUUGGCAGCUAAAUUCACUGGGAAUGUGAUUUUAAACCAGUUCUGCCCUGAAGAAAGUGUGUUUAAAAACAAAACCCCUGUGAUGAAACAAGAAUGUUCCUGUGUCUUGCGUCUGUUUACAGUGGCAGCAAAAACAAAGCUGAUACCACAGGCUU